GCCGCGGCGGCUCGACAGGGCGCUGGGGGCGCGGCGCUCGCGGGUCCGCUGCCCAUCAGGCCCUUCAGCGACGGCAGCCCAGGCGAGGCCGCGGCGGCUCGGCAGGGCGCUGAGGGCGCGGCUCCAUGCGAGGUGCCGUCCAGCAGCGACGACGAAGCCCUGAUGGACCUGGUGCCGAGGCUGGAGCACAAGGGUGGCGAAGGCAGCCACGGUGCAGACGCCGUCGGCCUUGACGACGCGCCUCCAGGCAGCGGCGCGCACGUGCCAGGGCGCAUCAGGCACGACCCAGAGAUCCACACUGGCGGCCUGGGGCGGUACAUGUUCACGUUCGGCAGCGGAGGCAGCCGGGUCAGCUUCCAGGUGACGGUGCGGAUGGCCGGGGACCGGGAGGCCGCGGCACGCAUCUGCCGCCUCUGCUUCGCCAGCUUCGAGGGCGGGGCCACGAAGGGGGAGGUGCUGGCCUACCGGCUGGCUCUGUACCGCAGGUUCUGCGGCGACUGCGCUCCGGGCGCCCCCUGCGGCAGGCACUGCGAGGGCCCGCCGCCCGGCUGCGCGGGCGCCCACCGCGGGCCGCCCGCUGCAGCGGGCGCCGCUGCGAGGUGCCUUGCGCCGAGGGGCGUGGAGCCUCCGCGCCCUGGAGUGGCAGUUGAGGACCUGGACCUGAACAACUCCUUCUGCGAGGUCUGCCAGAAGGGCGGCAGGCUGCUGCUGUGCGACCAGUGCCCGCGCGCAUUCCACAUGCGCUGUGUGCAGAGGUUCGUGGACAAGGAGAGCUUGGCGCAGAGCAGCUCCUGGAGCUGCCCUAUCUGCCGCCACGGCCCCGACGCCCUGAACCCUCACGCGCAGCUCAGCCCGCAGGAGUCCAUGGAGAGGGCCAUGCGGGAUGCCGCGAGGCGCGCUGGGGAGCAGCGGCGGCAGUCCGCCCGGCGGCGCGACCUCCUGCUGGCGGGCCGCUGGGAGCUGGUGGAGCUGUUCGCGACCCGCGGCGCCGCGGCGCGCAUCGGCCGCUUGGCAGCCUCGGGCUGCGCCGCUGCGGAGCCGGAGAUCGGGAGCGUCGUGCGCCUCGCUAGCGCUGCCUCGGCCCAGGAGCAGGCUGGCGCCGAGGUCGCGCAGGAGGGCGGUGCUGCAGAGCACGUGGUGCUCGCGCAGGUGGGCACGGCGGGCUACCUCGUCGCGGCGCUCGGCUCAGGGGCGGAGCUGCGGACCGAGGGCCGCCUGCUGCUGCCGCCAGAGCCGGGGCGGCAGGCGCAGCCGCCGGACCUGCUGCGCUUCGCGCGGGGCGCGCUCGUGAGCGAGGACACGCGCCUGAAGGACUAUCAGGUGGAGGGGGUGAACUGGCUGAUCCGCGCCUACCACAACCGCUGCGGGGGGAUCCUGGCGGACGACAUGGGCCUGGGCAAGACGAUCCAGACCCUGGUCGCCAUGAGCUACCUGCGGGCAUCGGGCGCCGCCUCGGGGCCCUUCCUCGUGGUCGCGCCCCUGAGCUGCACGUGGAACUGGAUCCGCGAGGCCGCCCGCUUCGUCCCGCACCUGAGCGUUGCGAGGGUGUUUGGCAGCUCUCAGGAGAAGAAGCACAGCCUGGAUGACGAUGCGCUCUGGUAUGGGGCACGGGACAUCGUGGUCACCACCUACGAGAGCCUGGCGUCCACGGAGGACUUCCUGCGCCGCCACCUCUGGGCUGCGGUGGUGCUGGACGAGGCGCACCGCGCCAAGAACCAGGCCGGCAGCGCGCGCGCCGUGCUGGACGGGCUGCGGAGCGCGGGGCGGCUGCUGCUGACGGGCACGCCCCUGCAGAACAGCAUGCAGGAGCUCCUCGCGCUGCUCCGCUUCCUGUGGCCGGACGUGUUCCCCAAGGAGUCGGAGGCCUUCGAGCGCGCUGUCAGGCUGCGGGACGUGGACCUCGGCGACGUCGUGGCCACUGGGAGCACCGCGGACGUGGAUGCGCCAGUGGUGGCGAAGAUUCGGGACCUGCUCGACGCGGUGAUGAUCCGCCGCCGCAAGGAGGAUGUGAUCGCGCUGCCCCCGAAGGUCAGGUGGGACGUCUGGCUCCCGCUGAGCCCCGAGCAGACCACCUGGUACAAGACGCUCCUGCGCUGCCGGGCGCGCGUGCAAGAGCGCGGCGGCGUCAGGGCACUGAGGAAGCUGGUGGUGUGGCUGCGCGUGCUCGGCUGCCUGCCGAGCUGCCUGGCCGCCUCGCAGGACGACCGCCAGAGGCUGCUGGACUGCGGCGCGGCGGGGGAGGCCGCCCUGGCGGCGCUGCGGCCGGGGAUGCCGAUGAGCGACGAGCUGGUGGCCCAGAGCAGCAAGCUCAGCUUCCUGGACAAGCUGCUGGGCCACCUGCACGCGCAGAACAUGAGCCUCUGCCCGCGGUGGCGCCGCGCGUUCGAGGAGCGGUGCGGGGGCCGGCCCGCCGGCGAGGGCCCGGCGCAGGCCGCCGCGGCGUGGAUCGCCCGCGCCGCCGCCAGCGGCCUCUUCCUGCAGGAGAUGCGGCCGUGGAGGGGCGAGGGCGGCAGCGGCGCUGCGGGCGCGCAGGCGGGGGACGGCGUGACGCCCAGGCCGCACAAGGUGCUGAUCUUCUCGCAGAUUCUCUUGCCUUCGGCCAGCUGGUGGCACAUCUCAUUGCAGAAGGCCGCGUCGGCAAGACAAAAUGAAAAAAAGGUGCUGAUCUUCUCGCAGUUUCACGCGUGCCUCGACGUGCUGCAGGCCUUCUGCGGCUGGCGCGGCUGGCGGUCGCUGAGGCUGGAUGGCUCGACGCCCAGGGUGCUGAGAGAUCUGGAUAUCCGAGACUUCCACAACGAAGACGAGGACUAUUUUGUGUAUCUCAUCGGCACACGCGCUGGGGGGCUUGGAAUCAAUUUGACGGGUGCGAACCAUGUGGUGCUGUUCGACUCAGACUACAACCCGCACGCUGACUGCCAGGCGGUCGACCGCGCGCACCGCAUCGGGCAGAGCAGGCCGGUGAACGUGUACAGGCUCAUCCAGGAGUGGGGCGUGGAAGAGCGCCUGGCAGGCAUGCAGGAGCAGAAGCUCUGCAUCGAGGAGUGCGUGACGCACGGCGGCCCGGCCGGGGACGCCCGCGACCGCGCCGCCGACCACGGCGGCACGAGGAACCGGGAAGAGCUCACGCUGCUGCUGCGCUACGGCGCCCGGUCCCUGCAGGGCUCCUGCGGCGAAGACCUCAGCGGCUGGUCGCUGCAGGGCCUCCUUGCCGAAGAGGACGACCUCCCCGACGGCUCGGACGCGGAGGCGGCGGGCUGCGCGCCAGCGGCCGAACGCGCGGAGUCCGAGGAGUGUGGCGCCCUCGGCGGCCUCGCCAGCGAGGGCGCUCGCGGUCGCGGCGCGCUGGCGCGCUCACAGGACGUGGUGAAGACGACGGCGUCGGGGCGGGUCGUGCGGGAGGCGAGGGUGUUCAACGCCGCCGCGGAGAGCCCUAGGCGGCGCUGCGCCCCGAGGGCGCCGCUGCGCCACGAGGCGCGCUGCUUCGUCUGCCGCGGUGGCGCGCGCGGCGGCGGGGCCGCCGCUUCGCCGAGCGGCUGCUCCAGGCCGGACAGGCUCUGCGAGCUCUGCCCCAAGGCCUACCACGCCGAGUGCCUCCCGGCCUCGCCCGGCUCCGCCGUGGGUGGGCGCUGGGUCUGCGGCUGGCACCACUGCGCGGGGUGCGGCCGGAAGGCGUCGCUGUGCGGCGGGAUGCUGGUCCACUGCGUGGGCUGCCCGGCCGCGUUCUGCAUCGACUGCUUCCCUGCGGACUUCCGCCGCGUCCACCAGCCCGAGGAGUUCUGGGCCGGCCUGCGCGACCGGGGCUGGCAGGUCUCCGCGGCGAGCAUGGCGCUGUUCCGUUGCAACUCUUGCCGGGCGCGGGAGGAGCACGGCCGGCGGCGCGGCAUGUGUGUCGAAGAGCUGCUCGACGAGCAGGGCAGGCACAGGCGAGCGACCGAGGAGGAGCUGCAGGUCCUCGUGGCGGCGAAGCGGCGGAAGGAGGACCAGGAGUCGCGCCGCUGCAUGCGGCAGCUGAUCCUGGAGCACGAGCGCACGAAGCUGAAGGCCGACCUCCGCCAGGCGCGCCGCGACCUGUUGCGUGCCGCCGAGGGGCUCUGGCCGCGCCUCUUCCGCCAGAGGUGGACGGCGGCGUGCGCUGACCCGGAGGCCCUGGUCGCGGCGGCGCUGGCGAGGUCGCCGUCCAAGAAGCGGGUGGCCUCCUUGCGGCAGCUGAAGGCAGAGGCGGCGGCGCUCGCAGAGCCGGUGGCGCUGUGCGGGAACUGCGGCGUUCCAGGCCACGCCGCGGCAGGCUGCCUCCUCCCUGCGGAGCGGACAACAGACCAGCUGUGUGGGCUGUGCCAGGGCGGGGGGCACGAGCGGAUGCAGUGCCCCCAGCUGUCCGCCGAGCAGCAGGCCGAGUACCAGGCCCGCCUGGGGCGGCUCCGCAGGCUGUCGACCGUGCUCGCCGCCGAAGAGCCCAUCGAUGAGCCUGACGACCCCGUUGGGCUCGACGAGUCGGAAUCGUUGAUGGUCAUGUGGAACCAGACCCAGCAAAGGGUCGAGCAGAGGCUCCGCGCCGCGCUGCAG